AUGAACAGUGAAUACGACUACUUGUUCAAGUUAUUAUUGAUUGGAGAUUCCGGUGUCGGUAAGUCUUGUUUGUUAUUAAGAUUCGCCGAUGACACCUACACCCAAGAUUACAUCUCCACCAUUGGUGUUGAUUUCAAAAUUAGAACUAUCGAGUUGGAUGGCAAAACCAUCAAGUUACAAAUCUGGGAUACAGCUGGUCAAGAAAGAUUUAGAACCAUCACUUCGUCCUACUACCGUGGAGCCCACGGGAUCAUUAUCGUUUACGAUGUCACCGAUCAGGAAUCAUUCAAUAACGUCAAACAAUGGUUACAAGAAAUUGAUAGAUAUGCAACUGGUGGUGUGAUGAAGUUGUUAGUUGGUAACAAAGCGGACUUGUCUGAUAAGAAGGUUGUUGAGUACACCGCCGCCAAAGAAUUUGCUGAUGCCUUGGAUAUCCCAUUUUUAGAAACUUCUGCAUUAUCCUCAACCAACGUUGAACAAGCUUUCUUCACCAUGGCUAGACAAAUCAAGGCACAAAUGACCAACAAUGCCAGUAAUAAUAAUAAUGGAAAUAACGGUAAGUCAAAUGUUAAUUUGAGCGGUCAAUCGUUAACAUCCAAUCAAUCCAACUCAUGUUGUUAG